AGAGACCUUCCAGGUUUGACUUGUAAAGGGGAAUAACUUUAUAGUCAUUGUCCCUGUUUGGUGACAUCAAAAGCAGGUAUAGGGUGUUAGGCAGUGCAGCCUGGGAAUGAAGUGGAAAGUAACACAAAGUCGAAGAGAAGGAAUUUGGAACAGGAGACAAUGGACUCUGCCGAAGAAACGGGGAAGGAAAGACACGACACAAAGGUCAGGUCCAUCGUGGCACAAUCAAAUCAGCUAUGAAAUGUCACCUGAAAAGGCAGAAGAUAGGUAGCCCCCAUUCAUCUGAAGAACAUGGCAAUGUCCUCCCUUGGUAAAAUACGUCUCAGUGUUAAAAAUGAAGCAGGUGAAGGGUGAAGCAGUAUUUUCAAUAAUAUUUAAUUUCACAGAAACUGUCACCCAAAGCCAUACCUGUCAAAAGAUCUCUUGUCUGGACUUUGGAAAUAACUUUGGAUGGUUCUGGGAUUCUUUCUGUUGACCCAGGAGAAUUUGUGUAGAGGCCAGACUGAAAAUAUGCCUUCAUGACAAAGUCUCUACAAAGCUGAUCCCAUCUUGGCUUUAAGAUAAAAAGAUGGCCUAUCACAAAGUGAAUGCAGACCAGAGAGCACAGGGGCACUCUCCAUACCUUGACAACGAUGAACUCCAAGCCACAGCGUUGGAACUGGAAUGGGACAUGGAAAAAGAGUUGGAGGAGCCUGGCUUUGACCAUUUCCGACUGGAUGGUGCAGUCCAGCAUCACCUGGGAAACUCCCAGAGCCCUGACCUUGAUCUCGAGCCCAUCCAGGCUUCAUCUUCCCCCAAGGGAAGAUUCCAGAGGCUUCAGGAAGACCCCGACUACAUCUCACACUACACGAGACAGGCACCAAAGAGCAAUCGCUGCAGUUUUUUUCGGAUACUGAAAGUAUUUUGCACUGCUUUGAUUUUAUUUAUUUUUGGAAUUGUGAUAGGAUAUUACGCUCGCAAGAAAUGCCCCUCUCCCCCAGCAUCUCAAGAACCAAAUAAUCCUCAUAUCUACCAUGAAAUUCUCAAGGAAAUCAAAGCUGAAAAUAUUCAACAGAUUUACAGAGACUUGUUACAGUUCCCUAGGGAAGAUGAUGUAGACAUUGCAAUGAAAAUUCUGGUUCAGUGGCGUUCCCAAGGCCUGGAAGAUGUCCGGCUGGUGAAUUACUCUGUUCUGCUUGACCUACCAGGCUCUUCUUCAAACACAGUAACUCUGAAAAGCAGUGGUGAAUGCUUUUAUCCGAGUGGACAGCAGUGCAGCAGAGACCCCACAACACUUCAUAGCCAAGACCUCCUGUACUCAUAUGCAGCUUACUCUGCCAAAGGAACUCUUGAGGCAGAGCUGGUUGAUGUGCAGUAUGGCACCAUGGAAGACCUGCUCCGGAUUCAAGCCAUUACAAACGUGACCAAAAAAAUUGCACUUUUGAAGCUAGGAAAAUCACCUUUGCUUUAUAAGCUUUCCCUGCUGGAAGAUGUAGGCUUUGGUGGUGUUCUUCUUUACGCUGACCCUUGUGACUUACCAAAGACCACAGAUCUUGCUGAUAAAGCUUUUAUGGUUUCCUUGAACAGCGGAGGAGAUCCAUCAACACCUGGCUAUGCCAGUAUUGAUGGAAGCUACAGGCAAAAUCGACUGAACCUCACAACGCUGUUAGUACAACCAGUUUCUGCAGUGCUUGCCAGAAAACUUGUUUCCUUACCUGAGGACAGUGUCCAAAAAGAUAGGUGUACACCCCUCCAGCUGCCACCUACAGGAAAAAAAAUUAUCAGUCUGAAUAUUCAGUCAAUCACAACUUACAAGACUAUUUCUAAUGUUAUUGGAUAUUUAAAAGGAGCUGUAUUUCCUGACAGAUAUGUCAUCAUUGGGAGCCAUCACAGCAACUUGAACCCUUAUGGUGGACAAGGAUGGGCCAGUAGCACUGCUGUCAUCACAGCAUUGAUCCAGGCCUUGACACUGAAGGCUAACAGGGGCUGGAGACCUGACAGGACCAUUGUUUUCUGCUCAUGGGGAGGAACUGCAUUUGGGAACAUUGGUUCAUAUGAGUGGGCUGAGGACCUCAAGAGAGUUCUUCAAAGAAAUGUUGUGGCUUAUGUUAGCCUUCAUGAUCCAGUCAGAGGCAACUCAACUUUACACCCUGUUGCAUCCCCUUCUCUUCAGCAGCUGGCAGCAGAGAGCCAGAGCCUCAACUGUGUGGAGAAGACUAGAUGUCCAGGAUCUAAUGUGAGUUCUGUGCAGAUACAGGGUGAUUCAGACUAUUUCAUCAACCAUCUUGGAGUACCUGCCACGCAGUUUUCUUACGAGGACAUCAAAACUUCAGAGAAUUCUAGCUUUCUCUCUGAAGCUCUUUUUCCUGUACAUGCAACAAAAACUGAAGAGCUGGAUCCCUCCUUCAGUCUGCACGAGACCAUCACGAAGCUAACAGGACAAGUGACUUUGAAAAUUGCCAAUGAACCAGUUUUGCCGUUUAAUGCCCUCGACAUCGCGUUAGAAGUUCAGAACAGUCUCAAAGGUGAUGAAGUAGGCGUUCCUCAGUUGCUUGCAGUGGCCUCACGUCUGAGGGACACGGCCGAGCUGUUCCAGUCGGACGAGAUGCGCCCGGCCAACGACCCCAAGGAACGAGCGCCUGUCAGAGUCAGGAUGCUCAAUGAUGUGCUACAAAGCUUGGAGAAAAGCUUCCUGGUUCAUCGAGCUCCUCCAGGACUUUACAGAAAUAUUCUUUACAGAAUGGAUGAAAGGACCAGCCAGUUUUCAGUACUGCUGGAGGCACUGGAGCACUGCAAACUGCAUCAGUCAAAUGAGACCAUUCAAACAGCCUUGUCAGAGGUGCUGAACAGCAUCAAUUCAGCUCAGGUUUACUUCAAAGCAGGACUUGAUGUGUUUGAGACUACCUUAGCUGGAACGAAAUGAGAGGAUUCUCUGCAUUCUAAGACAUUUGUUUACAACUUGCUAAACAAAAGUUCGACUUGGACCAGAAUUGCUCUGAGGAUGACACAUUUCUCAACUUUUCCUUCAGUUGUCGCUUAAAGGUACUGCAGAGCGUGGUUUUAUAAAUAUAAAGCAGUCUUUUGCACUGUUCACAGUAUAUCUCAAAUGUCUGUUCCUGAAUGUACAAAACAUAAUGAGAGGGAAUAACACUUAAGAUAGGAUUUUUUGGAAGGACAUCUGCUGUAUUUUUAUAUGUAAAAUAUGUUUUUAUGACUCAGAUCUCAAUCUUGCGAAGUAACAAGCACAUCCUGCAACGCGCUGAAGACCUGGUUCUGAGACACCCCAGCUGUCUCACCCGGGUGAGCUUUCCAUCCCUGCUCUGUCAGAAAAAUCUGACUUAAGUAUACUCUUGUGUUUCUUAACUUCUUCAGCAAGCUCAUCUUCUUCCUUGCUCGGUUCAGAGUAAGUAGUUGAAGGAUGUGGCGUUUCCUCAAUUGUCCAGCACCAGAGUAAAAAUGCACAAAACACCUUUACCGGUGCAAUCCAACAUCUUUACUCCUGUGGAACAAUAAAUACCUCAAUUCUGAGAAUACAGAUAAACUUUUAUUAUUCCAUUUCUGUAUGAAAAUAAAGAGUUGUUUUCUCUAAUGUUUCUUGGAGAGAAAAUUUUUGCGAUGGUUUCAAAUGAUUUGAAAAGUUGGAAUCAACAGUUACACUUGCACAAGAAUACUUUCAAUCUUUAUUUUAAAUAAAAGAACUGCCUAGUCUUAUAAGGCUACAGGCCUUAUAAGCUUAUACAUUACCAAAACAGCCCACUUCAAGGUCUCUCUAAAUUUCCAGAGAGCUUUAAAUGAAAACAAGACCUCCAAGUCCUGGAAACAGUUUUGGGAUUCCAUCACUCAGACACACCACCCACUAUUCCAGGCCUGCCAUAUAGCAACUGGAUUGUUGUCAAAAAGCACAAGCAAAACAUAAAUGCUGUAGAACCUGCUGUAGAGCCAGGAAUUCCACUCUGGAGGCACAAGCUGGUGAAGCAUGUUGCAGGGCUAAAACUCAGAGCUGCUUUGCACUGGGGGGAGCCCUGUAUGAAGGCUCUAAUGAUACCAUUACUUUUUGGCCAAAGUAAUCUGUGAAUGAAAGGAUCAGGAGGUUCAGUGUCCUCUGAGGGGAUAUACACAUUUGAGAACUGCAGGUCUUAAUAAUGUAAACAAUGGAAAUUGUUAAGCCCUGUUGGGUUUAGAGUUUUACAAUCUCAGAUGAUUCUGGGGUUAGAGCUUAAAAAAUUAAUUUUAUAUAGAUACUUAGAAUUGAAAUAUAAUUUAUUUAAUGGAAAUGUUAAAUGUAUUGUUACCCGUUUUACCAUGGAAAUUAUUAAAGGAACAUUUCAGGUUGCAAUAAAAAUGGAAAAAGUGUCUGUA